UUGACUUUUACCUGAAUCGGUACACCUUCGCAUAUGGCGUUAGCGGCAGGAUACUGGUUCGAAUCUCCUUGGGUGCACACUUUUGCUCCUGACUUGGAUAUUUCCCCAAGGACACAAUGUGCGUCAGUCCUGAGAACACCUCUUGGAGUCGAUCCUACAAAGAACCUUGUAACACUUCCAUCGAAUUACCCAUCCUGGCCACAAGAGGUUCCCAGUUGAGGGUAAAUUCCGUGGGUGUUAAGGAGGACCCGAUUCGCAGGGCAUCUGUCGAUUGACUUUUACCUGAAUCGGUACACCUUCGCAUUGCCCUGACCCCGAGAAGUGCCACGCCAACCUACCGUCUACACAACUUAUACACAAAACACGCCUCCUCCCGAAGCCUUAAUCACUGGGCGUCAGUAUCCAACUGGCGAGAGGCCUGACGGAGAGGUGGAAAGCUUAUCUAGGAGGGGAUAAUCCUAGGCAAGAGCACCACGGCUGGGUGGAUCAGGUUUGGCAUACGACGCCUUCCUUAGGGAUGCUUUGGGGGGUGCGCGGACUCCGGCGGGAGACGGGGCUACGGGGCAUGGAGCGCGGAAUCAGGACGAUGCAGCUGACGGAGGGUGGGAGCCGCCCGCACAAGGGGGGGGGGGGGGAGAGAAUCCCCAGGGAGGACUUACGUCAGACGUGGGAGCUCGCGCUGAGGCGGCCCGACAGGCAGGAGCAGUGGGACGGGAUGAGGGGGAAACACACGAUGAGGAGGGGGCGGAGGUUAGGCUUCCCAGCGAGGAAGAUGGGUCGGAGUCAGGGGGUCCGACCCCACCCGCGGGAGCAGUGGGAAACGAUGAUGAGGAAACACCCGAGGAAGAAGGGGGAGAUGUUGGGAAUCCCGGCGAGGAGGGUGGAUCGGAGUCACAGCGUCGCUUGGAUAACUACGACGACGUUUGGGAGGAAGGCUCGCAGGACAGCGAAGGAGACGACGAUUCGCUUGACGGUAUGGAUGAUAUCGGGAUCGACCUCGACGGAGACUUGCUGGUGGACGACGAGCCUUAGUUAUGUGAAUGGUGGAACCCAUUGCGUGACCCACGAAGAUCUACCGUAACGGAGUGCAGCUGCAUUCGGCUGUUGUGUUCUCCUCGUAGAAAUGAGAAUUGCCACAAGUGGUUUUCGGCCAUGUGGGUUUGCUACGCAGCACAAUUGCGUGUGUGUGGUACAGUCGAAGUCUACACUUCGGUGUCUGCGUCUUUUUUUUUUUGUGUGUGGUGCCAGGUUCAAAACAGUCCAGUUUUUUUUUUGGGCACACAUGGGUUUGUGUAGUCGAAGUCAACACUUUGGUGUGUGUGUCUUUUUUUUUGUUGUGUGUGGUGCCAGGUUCAACACAGUGCACGUCUUUUUUGUUGGGCGCACAUGUAUGCGUGCGUGUGUCGUACACUCGAGGUCAACACUUUGGUGCAUCCUGAGUCAUUUUUUUUGUUAGGAGUGGUGCCAGGUUCAAGACAUGUGCACGCGGAUUUUUUUGGGCGCACUUCUAUGCGUGCGUGUGUUCAACACACAGUGCACGUAUUUUUUUUUUCUUGGCGCACAUGUAUGCGUG